CCACAGUUAGCCAGCCUGUGAUUCGCUGACAUGCACUCUAAUUGGAUCAAGUAGGAACUUGCUUAGCAGGAUGCUUUGUGCUGGGAUUGGGAGCAGAGACAGGAAGAGAGUCGGGGAGGAGUGGGAGGAGGAGGAGGCCACAAGCAACACUUGGAGAGGAAAGAUUGCGAGAGGAGGGGUAAGAGAGGAGAAAAAGGGGAGUAUCCCGUCUCUUCUGCCCUUCUGUGCUGCUGCUGCAGCCCCCCCCACCUCACGCUGUCUGAUUCUCUCUCUCUUUCUCCUUACUCAUCUGUUUCUGUGGCUGCGCUCAGAGGAAGGGCACCUGCCUCUCCCUGAUGAUUCAGCCUUUCAGCUGCGUGGAACUCACUCACCAGACAGCAUGUCCCUGCUGCCACUGCAGUGCCCGGCCGUCCUGUCCUCUGCACUACAGCUGCUGCAUCCGCAGCCAGCCCAGCUCCUCCUCAACGCCUCUGCCGCACGAGUGCUCAGGUGAGUGAGUGCCGCACUUCCACCACCAAACCACACGGGACGUUUUGAGGAAAUCAGACUCUUUUUUUUUCCUUUUUUUUUUUCAAUCUUUGCCUGCAGCAGAGUAGAGUUUUUCACGAGUGAGGAACUCCUCUUCCUCUCUACGCACCACCUCCCUGCCGUCUAACAAGGUCCCAGCAUCUUUAACCUCCGACUGACUCUGCAGCAUCAUCAUGGAAACUGUGCCCGAGGAGACCGGUGGCAGGCUGCCACCAUGUGAUGUCCUGAGUUAAUAGUCGAGGAGGAGUUUGGAGAACCUGGACGGGAUGACUGAGGGAAUGGAGGACCUCUCUGCAGGGCCGGCUCCCCCUCCUGGAUCGGCCUCCCCCACCGGCUCCACUGGUGAUACCGGACAAGUCCCAGAGGAGAAACCUGAGGAGACGGAGGCAGCUGGUGAGAGCGGGGAAGAGGAAGGUGCUGAGGGAGCUGCAGAGGGAGGCGCUGAUGCUGCUGCUGCUGCUGAUGAUGAUGGGGAUGGGGAGCAUGUGGGGGCUUUGGGAAUUGUGGCCUUGCCAGGGACCUGCUGCGUUUGCAUCGAGGUGGAACGGAUUAACAGUUGCCUGCACUCAGAGAAAAUCUGCAUCCUGCCCAUCCUGGCCUGUCUGCUCAGCUUAGCCCUCUGCACCGCCGGCCUUAAAUGGGUCUUUGUGGAUAAGAUCUUUGAGUACGAGCCGCCCACCCACUUAGACCCCAAGCCCAUCGGACAGGACCCUAUAAUCAUAUCCGUUGACCCCACACUGGUACUGACCGUGUCUGUCCCUCAUUCAUCUCCAUCAUCCACCGUGUCCCUAACCACCACCACCACCACCUCCACCAUCGCUGUCACCCCAGCUCAUCCUGAGGUGUUAGUGGAGGAGAUCUCCACACGAGGGCCGCUCGUGCCCAGGCCUCCACAAGUGACUCAGGCCGAUUCUUCCGUCACACUGAAAUACAACGCAGAGCGCACCGUCACGCCGAGGCAGAUUCCCCGCCCGCAGCCCACACAGGAAUCCAACGACAUUAUUGUCCCGAGCAUCUCAGCUUUCACCAGCACCACAACCAAGACCUCGAGUCAUGUGACGCGCUGCAGUGACAGCAAGAAAAACUACUGCGUUAACGGAGGAGAGUGUUUCACCCUCGAAAUCACGCCGGGCAGCACAAAGUUCCUCUGCAGGUGCUUGGCGGGAUUCAAUGGGCACCGAUGUGAACAAGCUGUGCUUAAGACAGUCUCAGAUCCAAAACAAGCUGAGGAGCUGUAUCAGAAACGUAUUUUAACAAUAUCAGGAAUCUGCAUUGCACUCCUAGUCGUUGGAAUCAUGUGUGUGGUUGCCUACUGCAAAACAAAGAGGCAGAGGAAGGAGCUUCACGACCGCCUGAGGCAGAGCGUGAGGAACAAGAGGAACAACAAUACCAAUACUGGUGUUGGUCCCAACCUGGCAACCUCCACCAGAGGACGUCGGAUUUCUAACUUGCCUCUUCAAGAUUUGCAACUCAGCAACCAGUGUAAUGGGAUGAGUGCACAGCAUGCAACUGAGAAGGAGACAGAAACCACCUUCUCCAUGAGCAAAUAUGAACCCACGACACUCACCCACAUCUCCAGCCACAGGUUCGUGUCAGCGAUGACUCAACAGUCCCCCGUGACCUCACCUGCGACUCCACUGUCUCCUCCGUCAGAGAUGUCUGCCCCUCUGUCCAGCCUGGCCAUCUCUGUCCCCUCAGUGGCCCUGAGCCCCUCCGGCGAGGAGGAGCGCCCCCUGCUGUUGUCAAACACACGCCAGUCUCACAAGAGCCGUGACGAGCAGAAGAGGAACUCCGCCCACUAUAACCACGGUCACAUGGUGCACAGCUUACCGCCCAGCCCGCUGUUCCCCAUGGAACAUGUUGACUUUGAGGUCAUGAGUGACCAUGACGACGAUGCAGACCAUGCGAUAAACAACAACAUCAGUGACCGCGGCAACAAAACGGCACUAGUUGCUAACGGCGGCGGCAUGAUGGAGGAGCCCCGGGGUGACCACACGCCCUUCCUCGCCACAGGGUGCUCCACAGUCCUGCUGCUCAGCGCCACAGACAGAGGCAGGACUAACCCAGCAUCGUCAAACAGUGACAUGAGCGUGACAUCAUGAAACGUCCACCAACAAACAAACACCAAAAUCCAGCUGCUGCGUCACGAUAAGUGCUGAGAAUCUCUUUAUGUUGAGGAAAAAAAGAAGAAAUAAUCACGACUUAACCUUUAUUUUCUAUAAAUUAUUUGCUGUGAAAGACUUUUAGAGAUAAAUGAAACUUUUAUUUUAGAAGUAGUGAAUAAAGAGUUUUAUAAAACUGUAAAUAAUGUGCGUGUCCUGUAGGUAAAGUGCCAUACACCAGUAUGCAGCGACGGCUCACGGUAAAUUUCAGCGCAGACAAAUAUCAACGGUGCCUUUCUGUUUGUUUUGCUUCUGGCGGGAACUGCAGCAUCAUGUACCGGCUCAUCUUAAUCCUCCAGGAAACAAGUGGAAAAGAACAAAAGAACACUCGCUGGCUGCCUUUAACCUGCUGUGGUGUGACGCGUCGAGAUGCAUGGCGAUGUUCGUCCUCGUGGUCUGUGGUGGAAUAAAUGAGCAGUUCACACCCAAGCACUCAUUAUGGGAUGUCUCACUGUACUGAACUUCAACAUCUGGACUAAUGUUUGUGUGUAAACACGUUUUCAUCCAUCACUGGACUACUACACAUGGAGAAUAUCACAAAAUGUUAGGAAAAUGUCGACUGUUGAGCCUAAAGGUCAGGACAUACCAAGCCGAUGGUCGCGCCAUUGAUUGAUUUAGCGUCAGUUAGCAUCGGUGGCUCUCAUCUGUCAUUGAUUUUCUAUCCAUUUAGCAUGAUGAAUAGCCAGCAGACGCGCUUGGCCAUUUGUGAAAGACAAAUCACUUUGACUUUGCUGUUAGCCGAAUGAGUCACUGUAGAUGAAGAAAAAUGGAGAUAAAGAAUGGAGACGUUUUUAAUCUAACAUGUCAAAUAAGCCUUAUUGUUGAGCAGCAAGUAAAGCUCUGCAGACUGUAAUAGUGUUCUGUCUCAAGGAAAAAGAAAGUCAGUCAGUCUGGCCGUUUACAUUAGCAUUAGAGCUAGAUUGGCUAUCUAGCAAGCUAAUCAUUUGAUAACCAUGCAUUUCAUACACCUAUGAAAUGCAUAAUAUUUGGCCGUUAAUGUUAGCACUAUAGCUAGGCUAGCUAACUAGUGAAGCUCAUCUAAUCCAUUUUGCUGCUAUGUUGUUGUUGUUAGCAACAUGUAAGACACACAUGUAAAGUACUGUGAAAUACAACACAAAAAUGACAAAUGACAAACGACACAGUAGAUGCUAAUUUUAAAUUCCUUUGACAGUCGUGGGAUGUGUAAACAUAGAAGGGAAACUAGCUAGCAGGAUGUCGGUAGCCACCUGCAACUGCUCCAGCUGGUGAGCAACCUGACUAGCUGGCUAGCUAUCUAGCGGGACGUUUUUAUGAUUGUCCAUCAUUUUUACGAUCUAAAGUAUAACAUGUGAAACUGACACAAAAAGUGUCGUGUUAAACCUGUUGUGUUGUCGCUGUCAGGCUAACAUUAUUGUCUAUCAACACUUUGUUGCAGGUCGUCUGAUAUCUCUAAGGAAUAACAGUCUGCUGCCACCUGCUGAUGUGGAGAGUUACUGCAUUUCACACUUUGCACAGAUUGUACAAAUUAGAGUGCUGUUAGCUCAAAUAUUUCAAAUAUUUUUUUGUCUAUAUGGGUUGAAACAGAGGCAGUGAAGGCGGCUGUCUUUCCUCUUCACGGUUUGUCGGUUUGGUGUGUCCUGGCUUUUAUUAAUACGUCCACUUAACACAGAAUGUCUUUGUUUGUAAAAAAAAGAAAAGAAAAGAAAAAUCUUUAUCAGGAUUUGAUGUGAAUUUUUCACGUUUACAGUGUCACUGUUUAAGCGUUUCUGCGCUGAUUGUAUGGCUUGAGCUCGAUUGCUGCGUCCGACAUUUACCACGACUCACUGUGUGCCGGCAGGUUUCCACGUCAUCACUUAUAAGUACAGACUGACAAAAACAGAUCCCACUCUCCGUCACCAAGGUCCCUGCUGACUGCAUCUCUGAAUUUUACAAUCAUAUCUGUGGAAUGAAAGGCUUAAACAUGCACUUCACUAUGUCCACGUGUUCCUGACUAAUGCAUUUUGGGAAUUAAAGAAAUUGCUGCAUAUAUACACAACGGCAACCGGCUUUAUUUUGUACGUUUUAUCGGCAUAAGCUGACCGACUGCCUACAUUUUAUUGCCUCGGUGAAUGUGUCGGUUUCUUGUACAAUGCAAAAAAAAAAAUCUGCCAAAGAAUAAACAGAUUUAGAAGACUGUAACUCACAUAAUCACCACUGGGUUCUAUAGUCAACCAUAGUUUCUUACAGUGAAUGUGCGUAGACUCAGCAGUGACGACGUAGACGCGCCGCUGCCCCAUAAAUAACACUUUUAACACAGAAAAUACUUCUGUAUUUUACAUCGACACUAAUAUUAUUUCAUAUUUAUUUAUUAAAUUCUCGCUGUAUGCCAGCAUUAAUUACUGUUACAGUGUAUGGUAUAUAUACAUCUAUAUUCUAUUUAAAAAAAACAACUGGAUUUGAAAAAUGUUCAAUAUUCAUAGCCACCACCUGUUCCCACAUGGUCAUUAGUGUGAAACAGGAGUGUCCACAUUUUGUCACAUACUGUAUGUGUGUAACAUGACUCACACUGCUUUGCUUUAAAGUCGAGCUUCGAAAUGAUGUAAAUACACCAUGAAAACCUUCAGCGCUGUUGUUUCUCAUUAAAUAUUCAGUUCUGUGGUUUUGUGA